AUGCGGCGGAAUCAAGCCCGCUUAACGCCCACCAAGGCUCCUUCCCCGUCAACCGCCGUGAAUGCCCAUACCCAUAGUCGCAAUCCAUCUCGUGCUGACCCAUUGAGCAACAGUCAGGCCAUUGCCGACAGUCCAGCAGUCAGGACGUCUCGAAAGGACCUGUCCCAGCCGCUGCCGUCGCCACGGCCUGCUGAUCAGCCAACCCAAGAUAUAUCCUCUCAUUCUGAAAGCAAUGCGCGGACGCUAGAAGAGUUGCGAAGAAGAAUGGAGCAGACCUUGGCCAAUCAACAAGCACAGCACCACCAUGAACGAUCGAGUGCAACCCCGACCCAACUCUCACAACAACAAACGCAAAUCUCCUCCCAGGGAAGUUCUCCUUUGACCAUUGUUCGUUCGAGAUCUCCAUCGGCGACGAAUGUCUUGCGCUCUGGCUCGCAUACCGAAUCAAGUGGCUCUGGAACGACGAUUAAAGGAGUCGCUGCUACGAGCGAGAAGCAAGCAGACCUCAAUGUGCCGAAGACCCCGUCAUAUCCUUUCCCGGUUAUGUCGCCGCGAAGCGUGGUUGAAACUGCAAGUAAUCCGCUGGCUUCAUCUGAUACAACCAAGAAUAAGAGUAUGGGACACAUUCAUGAAUCACAUCGGCGCUCAACAAAGGCACCAGGAACCAUAAGUAUGGGCCCUCCAAGAACAAUCCCCAUUCCGGGUGGUUCUUUCUUUCCGCCUGGCAGCCAAGUAGUUCCUGAUGAUCCUCUAUACCCAAGUCCGAGUCUAUACGAAGUGAUCUUGAAAUUAAACUCGGACCCCGGGCUGGAUCAUUGGUGGACCAACGUUGUUGAGAUUCUAAAAGUCCAUUUUGGUGCAGAACGGGCGUCUCUUGCUGUUCCGGGAGAUUCCACGGAUCUGGAAAAUGUGCCUUGGGGACAAAAAGCAGCCUUCAAUGCUCAUGGAACUCAAAACUACGUAGACACAACGCUCCCAGAGUCUCUAGCCGCCUCUGCUGGAAGCGCCACUGAGGAAGCUUUUUCAGACAAGACUGAGGAGUACGGAAACGCCUCAGCUUUAAAUAUCUCUAGACAUUCUCCUCCUAGACGACCGUCCCUGCUAGUGCGGCAUUCUUUCGCAGGUUUUACAAAGGAAAAGAUGGCUACUAGCUCACGCUCUGUAGAGAGACCGCUACAGAAUUCACGACAGAAAGAAUCUUUCCAAAAGGUGCCCUCCGAAUUCAGAGCUUUUGGCAGCAGCACUGAUAUUACAACAUCUGCGUCUCGACCUCCCGAAGAUGAUAGUACUAAAUCAAUAUUACAUCCACGUGAUACCGGGCUUCAAGAAUCCUCUUCAACUGUGGUCUUCAGGAUCCCCAGAGAUCUUGAAACAGAGAGAGACCCGUUAAUAAAACGCACUGGUAUUACCCGGCUUUUCUGCCGCAACAAGCCUGCAGUCUUGACGCGAGAAUAUGCAUAUGACCCUUUGGGCUCUUCGUAUCCUCAAGGGAAUGCGAUAGCCCCAGUACACUCUCCGAAUGACAUAUUACAAACGACUCCAGCUACCGAGCCCCCCAAGGCUCCAGAUGAGACCUCACUAAAAGCAGAUAUUAAAUCAGUUGCCCCACCGAGUCGUCAUGGAAGGUCGAGAUCGACAACUCUAAAUCCACAUACUGUUCCAAGCAAAAAGGAAACGCCUUACCGACAGUCUUUGCAACUAUAUGAAGACUAUGAGCAAACCCCGCCGUCACCAUGGUCACAAUCACCCGCUCCAUCACCUGCACCACGAAUGCAUCCAGACCAGAAUCCUUUCUUUUUGGAUCAUGCUGUUGAUGAGGAAGCAUUCGCAAAGAAUCCACCACCACACGACUACUCGCAAGCUGAGCCUGUCAAUGCUAUUGGCGUUGAUGGGUCGAAGACAAUUGUUCACAUUCCGUUGUUGCAUGCGAUUACAAUCAAAGACUUUGGCGCCGAGACGUUAAGAUUCCCCCUAGCCAUUAUCUCUUUUCUGUCCCCUACAAUACCAUACCCUGCGAAUCUGAGAACCUCCCUUCGUUACUUGAUACCACACUUUACUACCUCAUAUUCUUUGGCUCAUCAAUACUCUCAGCUUGAAAGCCAGCUUGCCCCGGGUGCUGAAAAGACUCGGUUUGGUAAUCUUCUUGGUCUGGGCGGCACGUUUUCUGAUGCUAGCAGCGAAAUGGAACUUUUCGCUGGUCUAAGCGGUCAGACUAUGACGGACGCUGGAUCUGUUUCAGCACGUGCGAGUCUGUCUAGUCCGGGUGAGAUGUCAAGCGACUCUAAAGCCAGCCCAUCUCUGUCAAUUAUCGGCACACCUGGGCUUGAGUUGGGAAACAUGGGGCCUGCUAGUGAAUCCAAUGCGACACUAGGGCUGAGGUACGGUAUUGAUAAUGCGGAAAGCUAUUUCACUCUCCAGCGAGGACGAAAUUUUGCCACUCCGAAUCUUUCGCGAGGUCGUGGAUCCAAAUCGAAAUCAAAAUUUUUACCGUCUGUACCAACCUCACCUGGCGUUUCUAGGUCGAAGUCAACUCGCGAGGUAGACUCGAUGUUGAGGGAGCCACUAGUCGCUGAAGAAGGCAAUGAUAAUACUCGUCCGAACCUAGCAUCUGUGCCCACGCGCACAUCGUCCCGAAACAAUUCAACAUCUGUCAUUGCCCAAUUACAUCGUGAUGGCUAUUCUAUCUCAGAACAUGUUUUCCAACUGAUGCUUAACUCCGUUCCACUACAUUUAUUCUUGGCAAAAGCACAGACCGGCGAGGUUAUUUGGACUAAUUCCAAAUUUGACACGUACCGACGAAGUCAACCCCAGGAUCUAGCGGUCAGGGAUCCUUGGCAGAAUGUACAUCCCAGUGAGCUUGAGUCUCUAUGUGCUAAGUGGGCUAAGGCCCUCCAAACAGGAGCCCAAUUUACCGAGAGGGUACGGGUGAAACGAUUCGGUGAUGACUCCAUUUAUCGAUGGUUCAUUUUUAGGGCGAAUCCGUUGUUGUCACAAACCGGCCAAGUCGUGUCCUGGAUAGGAUCUUUCCUCGAUAUUCACGAACAACAUGUUUCAGAGUUGCAAGCAGCCCAAGAGCGAGAAGUCUAUGCAACCAAUGCAAAAUACCGGGCGCUUGCAAAUUCUAUUCCUCAGAUCGUUUUUGAAGCAACUGAGGGCCGCGGUCUGAUUUCAGCGAACGAGCAAUGGCAGCUUUAUACCGGCCAGUCUGUUGAGGAAGCAAUGAACUUCGGGUUUACCACUCACAUCCACAGAGAUGAUUUAGAAAAGUGCGGUGUGUUGUCCUUUGGGAUCGCUGAACUGAAAUCUGCACCAGCCGAGGACCGCAACUCAGUCGUAUCUUCAGAAUCUCGUCCUGGUGUGGCUGCCUUCUUUGCUCAAGGUGUGACUCCUGCACUUAAUGAGCUUGUUAAUCAAGGUAUUGUUGCAGCCCAAAAAGAUGAAAAUGGGCGUACAUUCUACACCACCGAACUUCGUCUGCGAUCCAAGGGUGGUGAUUAUCGCUGGCACCUUGUUCGACUCAUUAAAGUCCAAACAACUACUUUUGGUGAUGAAGAGGCAUCUUGGUAUGGCACUUGCACCGACAUCAACGACAGAAAACUAUUAGAGCGCGAAUUGAAUCGAGCGAUGCAAAAACUAAAUAAGGAGAUGGAGUCUAAAUCAAAGUUCUUCAGCAACAUGUCUCACGAAAUUAGAACUCCGCUAAACGGUAUACUUGGGACUAUACCUUUCAUUCUUGAGACACAUCUGGACAAUGAGCAGCGUCGAAUGCUGGAUACUAUUCAAAAUAGCUCCACAAAUCUUCGUGAGUUGGUGGAUAACAUUUUGGACGUUUCUCGUGUUGAAGCUGGCAAGAUGAACCUGGUCAACUCAUGGUUCCACGUCCGGUCAGUUCUCGAGGAUGCCAUUGACACUAUAGCUUCUAGGGCUAUCGACAAGGGGCUUGAAAUAAACUAUCUAAUGGAUACGGAUGUUCCUGGUAUGGUCAUUGGUGAUCGGUUCCGCAUCAGACAAGUCUUGAUCAAUCUCAUGGGCAACGCCGUCAAAUUUACUAGCCAAGGCGAGAUCUACACUAGAUGUUCCGUACUCCAGGAGCCCUCGAAUAUUCUGAAAGCGACCGAGUUACUACUUAAUUUUGAAGUUGUUGAUACUGGUAAAGGCUUCAGUACCUCGGACGCGGAACAAUUAAUGCAGAGAUUUAGCCAACUAGGCGGAAACAGCUCGCAACAACAUUCUGGUAGCGGACUUGGGUUGUUCCUGUCGAAGCAACUUGUUGAGAUGCAUGGUGGAAGAUUAACCCCCAGCAGUCGAGAGGGACAGGGCGCUAAAUUUUCGUUUUACAUCAAAGUCGACGCGCCGCAACAUGGGCAGGACCCAGCAUUGAUACGUCACCAUUCCGAUUUGUCAGAAACCACCACAAGUUCGCCUAGAGACAGCCAGCAUCGAAUGCCCCUCCUGACAAACAACUCGACUGAUGUCCAAAUUCUUACGCUCAAAGACCUAUCUCUUCCCCACGAUCUCUCUCCCCUAGCGGAGUUUUCUAGCAGCUCAGACCCUUCUCUUCAGUCUGGGUCAAAUUAUCGAUCUAGCUCUUCAGUAUCUUCUGCAGCCCAUACUCCUGAUUUUGCUGCUGUUGAGGAGUCUUCGAAGCAUGGACUAUCCCAUCUGCACAAAGAACACAGCACGGCGCCGCCUGAAAGCUGUGGGUCGACCGUACACCCUAGCCCAAGAGGAGAGAAAACGCUAGGUUCAAGCUACCUACGACCUAUCAUUUACUCUGUUCUGAUUCUCUGUCCUCUCGAUCAUGCACGAGAGGCUGUCAAGCAGCAUAUUGAGCAGGUUAUUCCUCUAGAGGUCCCGGCGACUACCACCGCGCUAUCCGACACAGAAGACUGGAAGGAUCUCAGAAACGCAAGUGACUCCCCCAGCUUUUCACACCUGGUCCUAGACGUUCCUGAAACCGAUGAAAUUUUGGAAGUCUUUCAGCACAUUCAAGGUAGUAAUGGAAAGCUGAAGCCAGAAGUGGUCAUUAUUUGCGAUCUCUAUCAAAAGCGUCAAAUUGCCAGUAAGAUGAAAGAACUGGUCUCGGCCGGCUUCAAAGUUGAUACGGUGCUAAAGCCGGUGAAACCUUCAGCAUUCUCGAGGAUCUUUGAUCCUGACAAUAGACGUGAUCUGAGCAAGGACCGCAACCAAGAUCAGGCAAGGGAGGUCAACAACAACUUCAAGACUAUGUCAAAGAUGGUCAAGGAAGUGAUUGGGAACAAGGGCUACCGCAUUCUGUUAGUAGAAGAUGAAGAAACUAACCGAGGGGUCAUGUUGAAGUACCUAGACAAAGUUAAGCUUGUCUCCGAAACGGCAAGCAACGGGCAAGAAUGUGUUGAUAUGGUCUUCUCCCACGAGCCAGGAUACUAUUCUUUGAUCAUUUGUGAUAUCCAGAUGCCAAUUAAGAAUGGAUAUGAGACUUGUCGGGAAAUUCGAGCAUGGGAGGCGAAAAAUCAUUUCCCCCAUAUUCCGAUCAUGGCGUUGUCAGCCAAUGCUAUGACAGAUCAGAUUGACGACGCAGCUCGUGCCGGAUUUAAUGACUACGUCACCAAGCCAAUUAAACACAAUGAGCUUGGGAAGAUGAUGAUGACGCUUCUCGACCCGACUCUGCCUCAAGUAUUACUUAGAGAGCGCAAAGACUGGCGACAUGAUGAUCCUCAUUAG